AUGGUAUCAAAUCCUUUCACUCGAUGUUGCAAACCGAAAGCUCCUGUGAGCCCAACGAAAGACAGCAAUGAUAAAAAUGCGGACCAAGAUGAGCCUGAAGAUGUUCAUCAAUGGGAUCGUCCAAUCGAAUUUGUCUUAUCGCUGAUUUCAAACUCGGUUGGUCUCGGUAAUGUCUGGCGGUUUCCUUAUUUGGCGGCAAAAAGUGGUGGAGGUGCUUUUCUCAUUCCCUAUUUCACGCUUUACUUCUUGAUCGGAGCUCCGUUGUACUAUAUGGAACUAGCUCUUGGUCAAUUCUCAAGCAGAGGUCCAGCCACUGGAUUUGAGCUUGCGAAAGGAUGGAGAGGUGUGGGUAUUGCUAUGAUUGUCAAUAGUGUUCUUGGCAUGCUCAGCUAUAAUGUCAUCAUUAGUUGGGCCUUCUUUUAUUUUGUUCUUUCAUUUCGUAAGAAACUUUUAUGGUCCCAGUGCGGUAAUUGGUGGAAUUCAGAUCGAUGUUUUGUACCUGGAUCACGAUAUGAAGUCUAUAAAAUUAAUGGAACAACAUGGAAUUGUACAGAAGCUCAAUAUAAUAAUUUCUCCAGCUACGGCUGUUCACCAUUCAAUACAACUGGAAGAGUCACAGCUACUGAAGAAUUCUACUACUUUGGCUCAUUGAUGGCAUAUGCAUCAGCGAACAAAUUUAACAAUAAUUUUUUCAGGCAAAUGUGUAUUGUGGUUUCGUGUGAUUGUUUCACUGGCAUCUUUGCUGGCUUUGCAGUUUUUGCCACAGCUGGAUUUUUGGCUAAAUCAUUAGGUGAAAGCAUAGAAAAAUAUGCCGAAUCGUCAGGUCCAGGUUUAGCAUUUAUCACUUAUCCGGAAGCACUUUCAAGAAUGCCUGGUAGUCCAUUCUUUUCCGUAAUUUUCUUCCUAAUGUUAUUGGCACUGGGUCUCGGUUCACAAUUUGCCUCCACUGAUGUACCAGUCACUGCUAUUAUGGAAUAUAUUCCAGCCCUACAAAAACGACGAUCGCUGGUUGUUGUAGUCACUUGUGCACUCUGUUAUGUUAUUAGUCUUCCUUUUACAUGUCCAGGUGGAAUCUAUCUGUUUUCUUUAUUUCAAGAGUAUACAGCUAAUAUAUCUCUGGUCGUUAUUGGUUUCUUCGAAGUUGUCACUGUUGCUUACGUGUAUGGAUUCAACCGUUUCAUGAACGAUGUCAAAAUGAUGUUGGGCUAUCCAGCAGGCAAAUACUAUCUCUUUUUUACGUGGCUUAUCAGUGCACCUAUUCUAACACUUGCUAUAACCAUUCUCAAUUUUAUGAAUACACAGUCAUUGAAAGACGGGGCUGGUGGUGGUUUCGAUGAAUAUGUUUAUCCAAAAUGGAGUGCCAUCUUGGGCUGGAUAAUUUUUGCUUUCUGUAUCCUACCAAUACCUGUGUGUUACAUAUUAAAUUACAUUCAAGAGUAUCGAAAACUCUCCCGACGAUCAUUGAUUGAAAGCACUCCGUCAAAUUAUGGCAAUUUUUCAUCAAGAUACCGUUUCUUGCGAGCAUUUAAAGCAAACAAUUCUCCAAGUGACGACUGGGGACCAAAGAAAAAAGUCAACCAGUAUGGUGACUAUGCUCAUUUGAAUCCUAAUUCAAUAGCAAACAAGAAUAUUGCAAACUCCCAUAAUCUGAGCACACCACAAGACAUAAAUACAAUACAUGAUACAACGGAUGUUGCUAAUCCAGCAAUGGAUCCCGAUUUCAGUACCAACGAUUAUACUAUUCGUGAACGAUUUUGA